GUGGUUUUGGCGAGGGCAUGGAGCACCCUGUACACAGAGGGGAGACGAUGUCCCUCGGACUGCACGACAGGUACUGUGCAAUCCACCAGCACUCCUUUGUGGUAUGGACAACCCACUCUCUCCUUGCUGCUUCUCCGACUUACCACCUGACAGGAUCCCUCGUGGAGGACGACGACCCUCACAUGAAAGUGUCGCUGGGGUGUGGUGACAUGGGCAUCUCUGCCCACCUACAGGCUUCCAAAACAGGAAACACUCGCUUCUUCACAAGCAACACACACAGCUCAGUGGUCCUUCAGGGAUUUGACCAGCUGAGGAUAGAGGGAUUACUGUGUGAUGUCACGCUGGUGGCGGGGGACGGAGACGAAGCCUUCCCAGUGCACCGCGCCAUGAUGGCCUCCUCCAGCGACUACUUCAAAGCCAUGUUCACAGGUGGAAUGAAGGAACAGGAUUUGAUGUGCAUCAAGCUUCAUGGCGUCAACCGGAUAGGCCUGAAGAAGAUCAUAGACUUUAUCUACACAGCCAAGCUGUCUCUCAACAUGGAGAACCUGCAGGACACACUGGAGGCAGCCAGCUUCCUCCAGAUCCUCCCGGUGCUAGACUUCUGCAAGGUCUUUCUCAUAUCUGGGGUGUCCCUGGAUAACUGUGUGGAGGUGGGGCGCAUCGCUAACACAUACAACCUCACGGAGGUAGACAAAUACGUUAACAACUUCAUCCUCAAGAACUUCCCCUCGCUGCUGGGCACGGGGGACUUUGUCAAGCUGCCCUUUGAGCGGCUGGCCUUCGUUCUGUCCAGUAACAGUCUGAAGCACUGCAGCGAGCUGGACCUGUUCAAGGCUGCAUGCCGCUGGCUCCGCUAUGAGGACGGACGCAUGGACCAUGCCCCCAAGCUCAUGAAGAACAUCCGCUUCCCCCUCAUGAACCCCCAGGAGCUCAUCAACCACGUGCAGACUGUGGACUUUAUGCGCACAGACAACACCUGCGUCAACCUCCUCCUGGAGGCCAGCAACUACCAGAUGAUGCCCUACAUGCAGCCGGUCAUGCAGUCAGAGAGGACGGCCAUCCGCUCAGACAGCGGCCACCUGGUCACCCUGGGCGGCGUCCUGCGCCAGCAGCUGGUGGUCAGUAAGGAGCUGCGUCUGUUUGACGAGAAGGCCCACGAAUGGAAGGCGCUGGCGCCCAUGGACGCCCCCCGUUACCAGCACGGCAUCGCCGUCAUCGGCAACUUCCUCUUCGUGGUGGGAGGCCAGAGCAACUACGACACCAAAGGCAAGACUGCGGUGGACACAGUGUUCCGGUACGACCCGCGCUACAACAAGUGGAUGCAGGUGGCGUGCCUUAACGAGAAGCGCACCUUCUUCCACCUCAGCGCUCUCAAGGGACACCUCUACGCCGUGGGCGGCCGCAACGCUGCCGGAGAGCUGGCCACAGUGGAGUGCUACAACCCCAGGACAAACGAGUGGACGUACGUCGCUAAAAUGAACGAGCCACACUACGGCCAUGCAGGGACGGUGUACGGUGGUUACAUGUAUAUUUCAGGGGGAAUCACUCACGACACAUUUCAGAAAGAGCUGAUGUGCUUUGACCCAGAUGCAGACAAAUGGACUCAGAAAGCGCCCAUGACCACGGUGCGUGGCCUGCACUGUAUGUGCACGGUGGGCGACCGCCUCUACGUCAUCGGGGGGAAUCACUUCCGGGGCACCAGCGACUACGAUGACGUGUUAAGCUGUGAGUACUACUCCCCUGCCCUGGACCUGUGGACGCCCAUCGCAGCCAUGCUGCGGGGCCAGAGCGACGUGGGCGUGGCCGUGUUCGAGAACAAGAUUUACGUGGUGGGAGGCUACUCAUGGAACAACCGCUGCAUGGUGGAGAUAGUUCAGAAGUACGACCCGGAGAAGGACGAGUGGCACAAAGUGUUUGACCUGCCUGAGUCGCUGGGCGGUAUCCGAGCCUGCACACUGACCGUGUUUCCCCCAGAGGACUUGAUGGGCUCCCCCUCCAGAGAGUCACCCCUCUCAGCACCUUGAAGAACAGGGGGGGGGGGGCCACCCCGCUCCUCUCACACCCCCACAACCCCCAACACCCUAUAGACAUUGUUUGCACUUCUUCUUUGGACUACAUCUGUACUGCAUCCCGAUACACCCCUUCCUCCCUAGUGAUGAAAUCUACAUCCCGAUACACCCCUUCCUCCCUAGUGAUGAAAUCUACAUCCCGAUACACCCCUUCCUCCCCCAAAGCUGUGCAGAACCCCCCUCCCUAGUGAUGAAAUCUACAUACCGAUAUGGUUUGGCAACCUAAUUACAUGUUAAUGUUACAUAUUCGGUAUAUUUUGGCAGGAAAUACCUUGACUUGAAGAGUGACUUUGCAAUUCAACUUUUCUACCUGAUGUCUUUGAAGUUUUAUUACAUCCUUUUUCUUUAGACGUUUUAGCAGGUAAAACCCAUGCUGUUGGUUACCAUACUGACUCUAGUCUGCCAGGUUAGGGCCAGUCUACACCCAGCGCAGCAGGAUAGGGGCAGCUGAGCUCCACACAGAGAUAGUUUUAAACUCAGGGGUCGGCCCACCCCCCCUCCUCCCUCUUUCAGUUUCAGUUCUUUCCUGCUAUUGCUAUGAAACCGUUAACAAAAUUGUGUUUUCUAAAUUUAAUAAACAAGAUUUUGAAAAAAUAA